AUGGAGCUUAUGCUUGCACUAGUCAGUUUCAUUGCCUUCGCUACGGCUGCGACCAACACAGGGUCAUCCUACCGAUACACCUGUAAUUCCAAUACAGGCCAAUAUAAAUGCACCCAUGAGCUGUGCACAAAAACUUUAGGUGGUAAACAAAAUUGCACCUCUAGCGUUUCCAUCCUAAAAAAUAUAGCGACCCAGGGAAGUUCAUCCUCAUACAAGUACUCCUGUGCUUGGGAAACUGGAUUAUAUAAGUGCACUCAUAUACGAUGCACCCAUAAUUUCAACGGUCAAAAAAAAUGCACUACCAGCAAAACUACUCCAAAGACUUGA